ACAGAGUGAUACUUUUUUGCUGUACGGAUAGAACAACAGCAACAACAACAACAGAAUAGAAGCACGUGUUGACAAUUUGCUGACGUAGGUGAUAUUAGUAAUGUCAUCGGAAGAGCUUAAGAAAGUUUUUGAUGAAAAGAUUCAUGUGGGACAGGAACUACUGGCUUAUUUGACAAAACAUGAUAGUGUUAGAGGCAUUGCGAAAUUAAAGAAAAAAAUUAAUGUAGAAGUUUGUUUUCUCACGAAGGUUUUGAAUUCAGGGCAUGCAAAAAUGGAGCAUGCUCUGACAUCCAACAUUACUUGGUAUGAGGCAUUAAUAUCUGUGAUGAAACUUCAUGAUGAUAUUACUGCAGUUCUUGAAGCAUUUUCAGUGGAACUUGAAACAGGCACUAAAAAACUGUCCAUUGAUAUUGUUGUUAAACAUGGUUAUGAGUGGAUAAAAGUCAUAGCAAAGAAUGCAAGAAAUGUCGUAAGUUCCUUGGAGGGUGAUUGCAGUUAUGGGAAACGAACCUACAUUGAUCAAGCAAAAGAUAUACUUCUGUGUGCAGAGAAACAUGCCCUUUAUUUCAAAACACCUAAGGUUGUUUUUGUGUUUACACGUGGUGUGGAUGAAGAAACUGUGAAGUGCCUUACUGACCUUGGUGUUACAGUUAGGAGUAUAGGAAAUGAAUCUGACUGGUCUGAAAAAAAUAAAGAUGAAUCUAAAGGAACUCUAGAAAAUCAGAAUCAGCAUAACACAACAGUUUUCAGCUGCAGUUCAUUAAAGGAAAACAAAAAUGGUUUGCUAGCACAUGUCAGUGAUAUUCAGUGCCUGAAUCUUGAUGUAACAACUUUACUUGCUUAUGUGUCUGAUUUAACCAAUGGAGGAUGUUACUUUGAUUUUGAUGAUCCUUGUAUUAAUUAUCAAGCUGAGCAGGAAAGGAAAGAACCAUUGAAACCUCUUCUGGACAAACUGUUUGUUGGGAAACAGUUGAUAUGCUGUCAAAGUGCAUAUGAAAGCUUCUCAUCCAUCAUUGAUACAGUUGGUGGUGAAAGUGAGAAGAAAUCUGCAUCACAGUUCAUGGAGAUGGUUUUGGUUGUUAAUGAUAUACUUUCACAAGAAUUUGAAAAUAUUAAAUUAGGUGGAAAAAUUAAGAAACGAUCACUUAUAGUUUUUGCAACAGGGCAUGCUAUGAGAUCAGUAACAGUAACAGCAAAUGAAGGAUUUUGUAGAGCAUCACUCAAUAAGGGUAUUAGAUUUGCUGUGUUUCUGCAUCAACCCAGGGCACUAACUGAAAAUAUGAAAAAAAAAAUUAUAUCACGCAGCAAGACCUAAUUUUCUUCCGUACAAAGGAAAGCAAGAUAAUUGGUAUGUGAAGAGACCUCACUGAAUAUGUCAGUCUAUUUUUGACAGUUGUUAGAGUUUUUUGGUAUUUUCAUAUUUAAUAAUAUUGCCUUAGAGCUAUAACUAUAUACGAUUGGCGUAUAUUUCCGUCUGUGAUAUGCAUUUACACUGCAUUAACAUUUUUUUUUUUUUAUGUUUUGAGGAACUUUUCUUGUACCUGUUGUUUACUGAUUGUCAAAA